AUGCGCUUAGAGAGAUUUAUCCCCAGGCUCAUUUCGGAAGAACAGGGAGCUUUUCAAAAAGGGAAGCUGAUCCAUGACAACAUUAGUGUGGCAUCCGAGUUGGCGAACUUGAUGUACUCUGCCACGAGAGGGGGUGGCCUUGGUCUAAAAAUAGACAUCAGAAAGGCAUACGAUACGAUUUCUUGGUCUUUCCUCUUUAAGGUGAUGGAAAAAUUUGGAUUCUCAGAAAAUUGGAUCACAUGGCUGCAUCAAUUAUUGGCUUCAACUAAGAUUUCUGUUCUUGUCAAUGGAGGCCCGCAGGGCUUCUUUGGCGUGGAGCGAGGAUUGAGACAGGGAGACCCUAUAUCCCCCUUGCUUUUUAUCAUGGCGGAAGAGGUUCUCUCUCGAGGCCUGACGAGAUUGACCCACCAAAAAGAUAUUAUGCCCAUUUGUGGCCCUAAAGGCGUUGUAACCCCUGGACACAUCUUAUUCGCCGAUGAUAUCUUUAUCUUCUCGAAUGCUUCAUCCAGGUAUGUGGCUAACCUUAAAAAUUUUCUUAUGAAAUAUCAGGAGUUCUCUGGUCAACACAUCAGCUUCGAGAAAAGCAAGCUCUUUCUAGGGAAAAUUUCUCCAACUCGUAAGCAAGCCAUCGCUGAGACUUUGGGCAUCCCCAUUUGCAGCUUUCCAACUCGAUACCUUGGUGUUGAGAUAUUCAAGGGAAGAAUCACAAAGGAGGCAUUGCUGCCUGUGUUGGAUAAAGUAAAGGGGCGCCUUGCUGGAUGGAAAGGUAAACUUUUGUCGAUGGCGGGCAGGGUGGAGUUGGUUAGAUCAGUCAUAUCCGGUAUUCCCAAUCAUAAUUUUGCGAUCUAUUGGUGGCCCUCUGCUCUCCUUGUAACCAUGGAAAGAUGGAUGAAGAACUUCAUCUGGGCAGGGGAAGUGGAUACCUCAAAACCAAUUACAGUGAAGUGGGAGUCUGUUUGCAAACCGAAGGAAGAAGGGGGUUUAGGUAUCAGAAGACUCAGAGACACGAACAUGGCAAUGCUGUGUAAAUUGGUAUGGAGAAUAAAGCAUGAGAAAUCUGCUGCCAAUUCCUUUCUUAGAGCCAGAUUUGUGAAAAAAGAUGGGUCAUUUAAUAGAGGUUGUCGGCCGUCGUCUAUUGCUCUGGGCAUCAGAAAGGUGUGGAAGACUGUGGAGGCAAACGAACGUUGGAUUAUUGGGAGAGGCGAUCUAGCAAAUUUCUGGAAAGACAAAUGGUGGGGCCCUAGGUCUAUUCUUGAGGAGAUUCAGACUCCUGACCUCCCUCCCCUCCCUUGCAAUGCUAAGGUUUGUGAUUUCAUCAGGAAUGGCGAAUGGUCACUUCCAGAGGUCUGCUCUCACUCUCUCAGACAAAUUUUCCUUGCAAUUAAAGAGGUGAAGAUUCCCAGUGCCCAAAUUGAGGACUUAUGUAUAUGGCAGCUAUCUCCUCUUGGUUCUUUUACUACAUCGUCAGCGUGGGAGGAUAUUAGAAGAGUUGCUCCGGCAGUGCAUUGGAACUCUUUGGUUUGGCACAAUAACCUCCCUCCAAGAAUUGCUACUUUUGGAUGGCGACUAGCUCAUGAGAGACUCCCAACGGACGAGCUUAUAAGGAAAAAAGGAAUUUUCCUAGUCUCUCGAUGUAGCCUCUGUGAGCAGUACGAAGAAAGUAUGGAGCAUAUUUUCCUUCACUGUCCUUUCUCCAGAGAUAUUUGGGAGAAAUUCACCUCUUGUUUCGCAAUUCGAUGGUCUGAACAUGAGUCAAUUGAUAGCUUAUUUCAGUGGUGGAAGAGGAAAUCAAGAUCGAUCAAUUUAAAAAACUCUUGGAUGAUAGGGUUUACCAUCAUUGCUUCUCAAAUCUGGAGGGAAAGAAAUAUCAGACGGUAUGAAGGAAAAAAGAGGAAUGGGAUCUACUCAUUUCAAUACAUCUGCCAGGAUCUUGCUCUAUAUGCAGGGUCUUCUAAGGGUGAAGUGAAAUCGAUUGUUGAUAUUAUGUGUUGCAGAAAACUGGGGCUGAAGAUUGAUAACCCAAAGAUUGUGCCGCCGCUGGAAGUUCAUUGGUCUGAAUUUAGUGCUGUCAUGGAAGCAAUAUUGGUUGCUAUGAAUAUGAACGCAAGGGGCUUGUGGAUCGAGUCUGACUCCGCAGCUGUAGUGGCUGCAACGCAGAAGAUGCAUAUCCCUUGGUUUGUUUUACAAAAAUGGCGGUUUGCUCUCCCAUUCCUUCAGUCCAUUACAUGGAAAAUCACCCACUGCUUCCGUGAGGCGAACACUGUGGCAGAUUUUUUGGCAAAGAAGGCAGCAAAAUCGGGAGCCUCUGACUACUCCACCACUUUUCCCAGUCAUGUAUUAGAUGAUUUAGAAAAUGAUGCUUCGGGUAGGCAUAGUUUUCGCUUCUGCUAG